AUGUUGAUAUACUGGGCCAUAAAAUUGCCCCCAUUUCCACUUCCUUCGCAUGACGUGAUUGUUAAAUAUUGCCCCUCACCUGAAUUUGAGCGGAAUACUGUUGCUUAUGAUGAAGGACAACCACACGGUGACCUUGAGGAAGCCCUUGUUCUUUGUGAUGCUAUAUCUGAUCUUCCAGCUGGUCGAAAAACGAAGCGUCAAGGCUGGAAAUUAAACGCUGGUGAAGAAGAUGAAAUCAUAUUCAAUGUGGAAUGCCAUUAUGCUCAAGCUAAGGUUGCUGGUUUCACUUUCAAUAUCGGAGAUUGUGCAUAUGUGAAGCUUGAAUCAUCAAGCACCAAAGGGUGGGUAGAGAAUCAUGAGGUCUCUAGUUCAAACUCCAGUGAAAACAAAAACACUCGAUUAUCUCUUCCAAUAUGGCUAAGCCUUGGUGGACAUGGUUACCCGGUACCUGUAAUGGUGGGAGGUAGCAAGUACCUGCGCGAAUUAGUCGAGGUUCAUGCAAGCUGGCUGGGAAAUUGCCAAGACAGCAUAAAAGAAUUUGUUAGAAGGGGGAAACAAUUGAAAAUUUUGCCUCUACCAGGUGAUAUUGAUAUGAUAUGUGGGGGUCCUCCUUGCCAGGGCAUUAGUGGAUACAAUCGCCACAGAAAUGUUGACGACCCAUUGUCUGAUGAGAAAAACCGUCAAAUUAUUAUUUUUAUGGAUGUCGUGGAAUUCUUACGGCCUAAAUAUGUGUUGAUGGAAAAUGUGGCUGACAUAUUGAGGUUUGAUAAAGCAUCUCUUGGAAGAUAUGCUUUAAGUCGUUUGGUACAUAUGAGAUACCAAGCAAGAUUGGGAACUAUGGCAGCUGGUUGUUAUGGUCUCCCACAAUUUCGAUUGCGAGUGUUCUUUUGGGGUGCACUUCCGAGUGAGAAAUUGCCCCCAUUUCCACUUCCUUCGCAUGACAUGAUUGUUAAAUAUUGGCCCUCACCUGAAUUUGAGCGGAAUACUGUUGCUUAUGAUGAAGGACAACCACGCGGUGACCUUGAGGAAGCCCUUGUUCUUCGUGAUGCUAUAUCUGAUCUUCCAGCUGUUACAUGGCAUGAAACUCGUGAAGAAAUGCCAUAUGAGAUGCCCGCGGAAUCGGAGUUCCAGAAAUACAUAAGAUUACCUAAACAUGAGAUAGUGGGGUGUUCAUCAACUAGAGAUACGGAAACCAAAGAUCCUGUUUUGUCUGAUCAUCGGCCUUGCCAAUUAGCAGAAGACGAUUACUUACGAGUUUGUCUCGUCCCACAUAAAAAGGGAGAAAACUUCAGGGACCUCCCUGGUGUAAUUGUGGGAAAGGAUAAUGUGGCUCGUCGUGAUACAGAAGAUCCAAAGGUGCUACCAAAUGGAAAGCCCAUGGUUCCUGAUUGUGCCUUCAAUUUUGAACAUGGAAAAUCUAAAAGGCCAUAUGCAAGAUUGUGGUGGGAUGAAACAAUAGCUACUUUAGUGACGUUUCCUAAUCAUCGUGCCCAUGCGGUCUUACACCCAGAGCAGGAUCGUGUUCUUACUAUACGAGAGUAUGCAAGAUUGCAAGGUUUUCCAGAUUUCUAUAGGUUUUCUGGCACUCCCAAGGAAAGAUAUUGCCAAGUUGGGAAUGCUGUAGCAGUUCCUGUUGGGCGAGCGCUCGGGUAUGCACUUGGACUUGCCUUCCAGAGGCUAACUGGAAAUGAGCCUCUUAUUAAAUUGCCACCAAAUUUCUCAUUCUUAAAGCCUCCAAUUGAUGACAUUGUUGUCUUGCAAAAUUGAGUGCACAUUCAUCACAUUCUUUCUUCAUUCGCCAAUUCAGAGCUACUAUUGAUCCAUGAGUACACCAUUCCUAUUACUUGUAAUUUGAACCGUCGUU